AUGGCAAGCCUAAAGCGGGCCAGCAAGCUACUGGAGGAUGUGAUCUGUCCCAUUUGCAUAGAAAUUCUACGGAAUCCUGUCACCAUUGACUGUGGGCACAACUUCUGCCUGCAAUGCAUCAAUCAGGUUGGGAAAACUACAGAAAACCUCCAAUGUCCGCUCUGCAAACUCCCUGUGAAUAAGAAUAUGUUGAGGCCCAAUAAGCUGUUGGCUAGUAUUGCAGAGAAAAUCCAGGCUAUGGAUCCUGCUGAGUUCCAACCAGAAGAAGAGCCAAGAUGUUGGAAGCACAAGGAAAAGUUUCAUUAUUUCUGUGAGAAGGAUAACGAGUUCCUCUGCUUGGUGUGUCGUGACUCCAAGGACCACAAAACCCAUGAAGUUACCGUGAUAGAUGAGGCUGCCCAAAACUACAAGGUGCAGAUUGAGACACAGCUCCAGGAUUUGGGGCAAAAGAACAAGGAGAUCAUUAAAGAGAAAAAGGAAGGUGAAGGAGCAAUCCAGGUGUUCAGGGCCCAGGUACAUCUAGAGAGACUAAAGAUCCUUGAGGAAUUUAAACAUGUGCGCCAGAGACUGGAAGAGGAAGAGAGAUUCCUCCUGUCCAGGCUGAGCUGGCUGGAGCAGGAGGGAGUCAAGCAGCUAGAAGAGUAUGUCACUGACACAGACGAACAGCUGACCACCCUCAGAGACCUCACAAGGUCCCUGAAAAAUAGGCUACAAGCGCCAUCCAUGGAGCUACUGGAGGGCGUCAAAGACAUCUUGGGCAGGGGUAAAGAAUUUCAGUUUCACAACCCAACCCCAGUUCCUAUGAAUCUGGAGAAAAAAAUCAGUGACGCAAAAGCAAGACAUGAGUCCAUCAUAGAAAGCCUGAAGAAAUUAACAGACAACCUGAACACUGAAGGGAAGAAAGAUAAAAGCACAUUCCUGAACAGCCUGGAUAAAAAGGACAAGGAGAACUGGCACCUGUUACAGGAGAAUAACUCAGAGUUGCUCAGCUCAGUACCUAUGACCCUGGACUCCACUUCAGCUGACCCAAACCUCACCUUUUCUCAGGAUCUAAAGAAAGCAAGCUUAUAUGUCGUCGAUGGCACAUUGAAUACACAGGCAAAACCUCGACAAUUCUAUCCUUUCUACUGUGUGAGGGGCUCCCCAGGCCUUUCCUCAGGCCGUGUGUUGUGGGAGGUGGAAAUCCAGGGACCCCCAGGUAGGGUUGGCAUAGUGGGCGUGGUCGCCGAGUUGCCUCGGGGGUCCCAGAUUCAGAACUCUGAGUCAUGCUGCUUGUGGGCAUUGCGGAUCUCGUCCUCUGGAUGUCAGGCAAUCACCAACUGCAGUAUCCAGGAGAAUCUCUCAAUCUGUCUUAGGAAAGUGGGCGUCUAUGUGGAUUAUGACCGUGGAGAUAUAGUCUUCUAUGAUGCCAUCACUAACAAACACAUCUACACCUUCCAAACUUUCUUUGACAGACAGGUCUUCCCCCUUUUUGGGCUCCUAAAUGCCCGCAGCUCUAUCACCCUGAGCCUCUAG